AUGGGAGUACUGGUCGAAGAUUACUUGUGGUUGGAUCGAACGACUGUUCGAUACAGUCGUUCGAUUAAGAAAUCAUCACCAUUCUCGAAGGUGGAGUCGAAACCUUGCAACGUGCGAAGGAUCAGGUCAUCAUCGUCGAGUGCCGCUAGUGACGGCGCAUGUUCGAAGACCUGGAAGACCUACAGCGACAGGCCUAGGAAAACCUCACACGAGGACUAUGACCAGGACUUCUAUAUCCUACUGGACUACUGGAAGCCGGCCAUAGUGGCUGAUCCUACACUCCUUGAACCCCGUUCUGAGGCUUUACCUUGCACUCUUCAGCCUCAGCGACGCUUCCUUCUCUCCAUGCCGGUGAAUCACUUCCAGAGAUCCCUAGCCUCUCUUGUGCACCAGUUUGAGCCGUUACGGAUUGACUUCGACGGGUAA